UAUACAGUUCAGACACCUGAGAAUGUGACUCCGACUGCUGCUUCAGAGACUUACUUGAAAGCUGUGGCUGUUUGCCAUGGACCUCUGGACCACUAUGACUUUCUGAUCAAAGCUCACGAGCUAAAGGAUGAUGCACAUCAAAGAAGAGUCAUACAGUGUUUGCAGAAAUUACAUGAGGACCUUAAAGGCUAUAGUAUAGAGGCAGAAGGCCUUUUUUCAAAGCUUUUUUCAAGGAGCAAACCUCCAAGGGGCCUGUAUGUUUUUGGAGAUGUUGGUACAGGAAAAACAAUGGUGAUGGACAUGUUUUAUGCUCAUGUGGAAGUGAAGAGGAAAAAACGGGCUCAUUUUCAUGGCUUCAUGCUAGAUGUGCAUAAAAGAAUACAUCGCCUUAAACAGAGUUUGCCAAAAAGGAAACCAGGAUUAAUGGCUAAAUUGUAUGACCCAAUAGCUCCCAUCGCUGAAGAAAUCAGCGAAGAAGCAUGUCUCUUGUGUUUCGAUGAAUUUCAGGUCACUGACAUCGCUGAUGCCAUGAUUCUGAAACAGCUUUUUGAAAAUCUGUUCAAAAAUGGGGUCGUCGUUGUGGCAACAUCCAACAGGCCACCAGAAGGUAAAAACAAACAUUGUGCUAGUCUCACCCAAUUAGGUGGAAACUGA